AUGAGCGGCACCAACAAACGUCGUCGUCUCAACCCCUCACCGUCCUCCACCUUGACCAAGCCGUUCAAGUCCCCUCUCCGCAGACCUGCCCCUGCUACAGAAAGUCUAGAUGGGGCGAUGCAGGUACAGCUGCAGGUACAGCUGCAGGAAUCGUCACAGCUGCAGCUACUACAACGACAAUCCCAACCUCGACUUCAACUCCACGCCUCCAAAACCAGGCACCAGCAACAACAACAAACACAAUCCAGUACCAGCCCAAGCAACAGCACAAACCUCACCCCCACCAAAUCGUCAACUCGACCACGUCCACGCCCACGCACCCUCUCCAAACCCGGCAUCCCCAAAACACCCCAAAAACCCACCCCCCUUCCGGUCGUCUCUUCGCCCACAACAACCGAGCUCUCCUCGCUAACAACCCAAAGAGCCGCCCUCCUCGCGCACCUCCACGCCCUGACCGCCGAGUACGACACUCUCCAACAGGCCCGCCGCAUCGAAACCCAAAAAAAAACCGUCGAGCUGGAGCGGUUGAUCCAGAAGUGGAAGGGGGUCAGCCAGCGCGCCGCAGAGGAGGUGUUUCUGGGGGCUAGGGAGCGGGUAAAUCGGAUGGGGGGGUUGCAGGCCUUGAAGUCGGGGAAGUCCGGGGCGGGGUCGGGGUCUUGGGGAUGGGAUUGUGAGGAUCCUUCUACUUCUCUUUCUGCUGGGUUGCAGGGGCGAGGGCAGAGCUGGGAGGGGGAUUAUGAGGAUGCGAUUGGGGGUGAAGAGGAUAGGGCUGGGAAGGAGGGGCAGGAUCACGAUGACGAUGAAGAGCAGGAGCUUACGAUGGGAGUCAUGCUGAAGAUGAUGAAGAUUGAGUUCGGGAUUAUUGGGUAUGAUGUUGAGAGGGAGGGGUGGGUUACUUAG